CGUACGUACCGCGGCUGUGCGAUUAUUCCGUCUACUGAGCGGAGGACGUAGUCAAUGUCUCGCCUGCAUCAAGCGCUGUAUUUGUUACUACUUUAGUCUGCAACGCGCUGUCGAAUCGUUAGGUCGUUUUCACGCGCGCUAACACAGAAUAGUGAAUUAAAUAAUAAUCUAAAAUUUAUAGUUAUUUAAAUUUAAUACAUUCCUUAGUAUUUUUGUUUUUAAUAUUCCACAUUAGUUAAUGGUGUGUAAAGUUUUUGAAACAAUAAACAAUAAGCUUCAUGAACUGUGAUCGUGUUUUGGAUAGUUUUGAACAUUAGUACAAAAGUGGUGUGGUAACGUAUGCGAAGUAUAGAAAUGAGCGGAUUGACCAUAAGAGUAAAAAGGGGAUCGAGGGGUAGUGCGACACUUCUCGAGGCAGCAAACAGAAUUCUUAAACUUCUCGGCGUAAGCUCCACGAAGCGCGGGAAACAGCCAUCACCAAAAUCAAAGCCUACCGCCAAAACUACAACCGAAGUAAGGGCUCCAAUUGCUACAUCAGAAUCUACAACUGAGUCACCGAUCAAGAUGCAAGCUUCUCAAGCAGCAGCUGCUCCUGUUCAGACUCCAACCUCAACACAUUCGUCCAAAGAAACAUAUAGACACACUAAACGGACAGCAAAAGAUUAUAUUUUUGGAAAGUUGAUUGGCGAUGGUUGUUAUAGUACAGUAUUUUUGGCGAAAGAUAUUCACACUGGCAAGGAGUACGCAAUUAAAGUUUGUGAAAAAAGCCACAUCGUGCGUAAUCAAAAAGUACAGUACAUAAAACGCGAAAAAGAUGCCCUAAAUAUGCUAUUUAAUGUUCCACACGGAUUUGUUAAGCUUUACUGCACAUUUCAAGAUGAAGAAAGAUUAUACUUUGUACUAUCUUAUGCAAAGAAUGGCGAACUUUUACAUUAUAUUAAUAAAGUAGGCUCUUUUGAGCUAAAUGUCGCUAAAUUCUACGUUGCUGAAUUAUUAUUGGCCUUAGAGAAAAUGCAUGCUAAAGGAAUUAUUCAUCGUGAUCUAAAGCCAGAAAAUAUUUUAUUAGACGAAAACAUGCAUUUACAAAUUGCCGAUUUUGGAACUGUAAAAAUAUUAGAACCAGAAAAAAUUAAAUCACCUACUCCAACCGUUCCAGAAGACCAAGAUUCAGCUGUUAGAUCGAGAAAAAUAAGUUUUGUUGGUACAGCUCAAUAUGUAAGCCCCGAUCUCCUACAAAAUCGUGUAGAUACACGUGCAUCUGAUCUAUGGGCAUUGGGAUGCAUUAUUUACCAAAUGAUAUCCGGUUUACCUCCUUUCCGGGCUUCUAAUGAUUUUCUUACAUUUCAAAAAAUUCAAAAAAUGGAUUACGAGUUUCCUGAAGGCUUUCCCGCGGAAGCUAAGGAUUUAGUUGAAAAAUUGCUAGUUUUAGAUCAUACUAAGAGGCUUGGAUCUAGCGACACAGGUGAUACUUAUGAAAGUAUCAGACGACACCCAUUUUUCGAAGGCAUAGAUUGGGAAAAUAUUUGGGAACAAACUCCGCCAAAGAUAAGCCCAUAUUUACCUGGUGAGCCCUUUGAAGAGAAAUAUACAGUGCCUGACCAUUUAGAACCUGGAUUAGGCGGAAGACAAAUUUUACGCUUGUGGGAAUUCGACUUGUCCACAUCUAGAGGAAUCUUAAAUAUUAGUCCAGAAGAAAAACGUCAUCGUCUUGAAGUUCAAGCUAGAGAAAAUAAAUGGCACCAAUUUGUUGAUGGCGAACUUAUACUGAAGCAAGGUUUAGUAGAAAAAAGGAAGGGCUUAUUCGCUAGACGUCGUAUGUUACUAUUAACAACAGGCCCACGAUUAUUUUACGUUGACCCCGUUAACAUGGUUCUUAAAGGAGAAAUACCUUGGUCUCCAGAGCUGCGCGUCGAGGCCAAAAACUUUAGAAUAUUUUUAGUGUACACGCCAAAUCGUACAUAUUAUUUAGAAGACCCUCUGUCGUUUGCAUUAGAAUGGAGGAGAGUAAUCGAUGAAGUACGCAUCGGAACAUACGGACGGGUCACGACUUAGACGGUUGCGCGGCCGCCGAGCCGAGUCGCGCCCACGUCGGGCUGCGCGCCCGCAUUCCUCCCGUUCGCUGCACGGCGAGUGCACACUUCUAGGAUAAAACUAGGCUUCAUUUCGAGCACGAAAAUCAUCCAGAGAAACUUAACACGACGAUGAAAAAUUCGUGUCCUGAGUAAAAUUGGUAAACGGUCCUUUAAGUUUGCAAAAGCCAGCGCAGAUUGGCAGCAUUGGCUUUGUCCGCGACAGGAGCGGCAGGCGCCACAUAUGUUUCAAAAGCGCACGAUGAUACGCUCGCGUCGACGCUCCCCGCAUUGGAGAAGGAGGACACGAGAAGACGACGUCAGUUCCCAAUUAAUCAGUGUUUUGACGCUGAAUGACUGAUUCCUACUAGUAUGUCCCGACUAUCUUAAAUUAUUGUUCUAAUUUAAGUUACUUAUUUAAUUGUGGAUAUCGGCGGUAAUAUGUAAAUAUUUGUCGUAAUUUAUUAUUGAAAUUGUUAGGUGUAAUAUAACGCGUAUUUGUGGGCCUUUUUAACUUAAAUUUAUAAUGGCCUCAUGUAAGAAUGGACUUGUUAUUCGCCACCCGCGUGUUCACGAAGCCCAUUCCAGUUGGUAACUAGGCAAUUUAUAGCUAAAUUAAUAAUUAUUUAUUUUAUUUUAAUUGUAUGCCAACGGAAUGUGACUGUUGUACAGAUAUUUAACAGUAGAAAAAUAUAACUAUGUUUCCAUAUGUUUAACACUUGCCAGUAACAAUAUAAUGUGAUGAAAUUUAUGUUCAGAACUAUUAAUUAAAUGUUGUUACGAUGGCAGUGUAACUGAAGUAUGGGAACACUAUUAUAAGAAGACUAGCUUCUUAAAUUAGGGCUGGGCAAAUUGUUGCAGAACAUAAUAAUGAUUUAAACAUUUUUUCCUGCACUUGUCCAGGAAUUGUCUCUCAAAUUGCAGAGUCCUUUAAUUUAGUGCUUCUAAUUUGUAUGCAUUUCAUGCAUACAAUGCACUAUAAUCCUAACUUAGUCAAAGUAUACGGAUAAUUUCACCAAAGGUGAUUAAUAACAAUUUGAUUUUGGAUUAAUUGGUUAAUUGUUUGUUAUCAUUCAAUUUUAGAGACACUUAAUAAUUUCCUUAAUAUCAGUUUGUUUUGUUGUUUGUGUUAAUUAUAAAGUAUAAAAAGGAAACACCUAAAAUUUCAAUGUCAUGGCUUUUAGUCGAUAUCUAUUUUAAGUUAGUAAAGCAGCGUAAUUUUGUUAUAGAUUAAUUGUUUUAAAUGCCUAAACUUGCCUGAAAAUAUUUAUUUCAGAAGAUUUUAAUGUAAUUGGGAUGAAAUCCGAACAACAUUUUAGUAAAAUUUAUGUAUGAGAUAAAAAUGUGAUGUUUCAAUAAAAUGCAUUGAAUUCAUUUAACAUUGAUGGUACUACUCCAUGACAUUGUUACUAAUAAACUGUCUGCAUUUAAAUUAAAAACCUGCUAACUAUACUAGUUAUAUUUUAAAACAUUUGUAUUGCAUAAAUUCCAUAAAUUAAAUAAGAAAUUGAAAAUAAAUUGAAG